GAUGUCGCGAUGUUGUGCAGCAGGAGGACUAAAACUUUGGUAUCGACAUGCGUGAUUCUGAGCGGCUUGACCAACAUCGUGUGUCUCCUCUACGUCGGCUGGAUCACCAACUUCGUGGCGAACAGUAGUCCUAAAGUUGCGGAGACGAGCGUCGAGGUGGAGAGAAAGUUGGACGAGGACAGCAAAGGAGAGACCCUGAGGAUAAUGGAGAGGCUGGACAAGCUGGAGAGCGUCGUCAACGAGCACAUCAAAGAUAAACCCCAGAAGGAAGGUGAAGAUGCAUCAUCCUCAUUAGCCUCAGAUCCCAGCUCCUCACUGUUUGAUCACUGGGGUCAUGACCUGGGCCCAGGGAGUCGAAAGGUUGCCAUCAAAAAGUUUCGGUAUUAUGGUUACAACAGCUACCUCAGUGACCGGCUGUCCAUCACCCGGCCAAUCCCAGAUUUUCGCCCUGACGGAUGUAAAAACUUGUGGUAUUCUUCCGACCUUCCUCAGCUGAGUAUCAUCUUCAUCUUUGUCAAUGAGGCCUUGUCAGUGUUGCUGCGCUCUGUACACACAGCCAUCCUGAGAACUCCAUCACAUUUACUCAAGGAAAUUAUACUGGUGGACGACCACAGCACCAACAUGGAACUAAAAGAGCACCUUCAAAGUUUUGUAGACGAGAUGAAUGCUCAACAUGGACCUGAGUUCAUCAAAGUGGUCCAUCACCAGAAACAGGAAGGCUUGAUCAGAUCCAGAGUGAGUGGGUGGAGGGUUGCUUCAGCAGCUGUGGUUGCUUUUUUUGAUGCACAUGUGGAAUUUAACACUGGGUGGGCAGAGCCAGUUCUUCAGCGAAUAAAGGAAAACCGGACUCGGGUGGUGUCGCCUUCUUUCGACAACAUUAAAUAUGACACAUUUGAGAUGGAAGAGUACCCGCUGUCUGCUCAGGGCUUCGACUGGGAGCUUUGGUGUCGGUACCUCAACCCACCCAAAUCCUGGUGGACACUGCGCAACCACACAGCUCCUAUCCGGAGUCCCGCUCUGAUUGGAUGCUUCGUAGUUGACAGGAAGUACUUUGAGGAAAUUGGCCUAUUAGAUGAGGGCAUGGAUGUUUAUGGUGGGGAGAAUGUGGAGCUUGGUAUCAGGGUAUGGUUGUGUGGUGGAAGCGUUGAGGUCCUUCCCUGCUCUAGGAUUGCGCACAUCGAAAGAGCUCACAAGCCUUACACAGAAAACCUGACAGCACUUGUGCGUCGCAAUGCUUUAAGAGUGGCUGAGGUCUGGAUGGACGGCUAUAAGAAUCAUGUCUACAUGGCUUGGAAUGUUCCAUUUCAGAACUCAGGAAUAAAUAUUGGGGACAUCUCUGAGAGAAAGGCCCUGCGAUCCAGACUCAAGUGCCAGCCAUUCAGCUGGUUCCUUGUCAAUAUCUACCCUGAGCUUCGAUCGUACAACAACACAGUUGCUUAUGGAGUGCUGAAGAAUAGUCUAAGGAAUGACCUGUGUUUGGACCAAGGACCCAACACUGACAACAUUCCAAUCAUGUAUCUCUGUCAUGGUAUGACAGCACAGAAUGUGUAUUACACCAGUUCCCAGCAGCUUCAUCUCGGAGUUCUCAGUCCAACUAUCGAUGAUGAUGACAAUAAGUGUUUGGUGGACGUGAAUAGCAAACCAAGAUUGCUGGAAUGCGCCUAUGCAGCCACCAAGCACAUGAAGUUGACCUGGACUUUCACUACGGACGGUUCCCUCCAGAACACAGAGUCUCAGCGCUGUCUGGAAAUGGUGAAAAGCAGUCAGUCAGAAUUUAGUUACCAGCUGGCCGUUCAAGACUGCAGUGGACAAAAAUGGACAAUCACUAACGUACUAACCGUCCUGCCCCAGUGA